UUAUGUUCUCGAGGCCGGCGGUUAGGGGGUGCCGCCGCCCGCGCUACGGUGGCGAAGCUGCUUCUGUCAAGGACGAUUCCCUCGACCCUACCCGACCUCACAAAAACCCCCUCACCCCGGACCCCCAAACUCCCCGCUCACACGGGUGUAGCGGAGGGAAAAUGGGUGGCACCGCCGCAACCCACGGACCCGAUGAUUUGAUUUGGAUUGUAAUGGCGGAGUUCAGCAUCAGCUAUUGUGUUCCUUGUCAUGUGGAUAUUGUUUACUCUGCUGAACCAAAAUAUGUGUCAUCUGUUGUGGGGAGACAGAAUUAAACCCAGCACAAUUCUUGCAUUCCAUUUUGAACCAGACUACUGUGGCAUAAUACAUGCAAAAGGGAAGGAGAAAGAGUCUGUAUCGUCAACAGCUGGUGAUUAUACCUGGUCUCAGUCUGAGCAACAGUGUUGGUUCUCCGGGGUGAGGGAGAGGAAUGACAAUCAAGUACCUGAUGUAGGAAUACAUGCUGUACUUGCUGAGGAAAUGGCUUAUUUCAGCCCAAGUUUACUUACCUCUGUUGCCAAAUCAAGAGGAAUGUGCUGUCUUACACAUAGCAAUUUAUGGGCUUCAGUUGUGGUUCUCCAGGUCCAUGAUUUUCAUUCAAACAGACUAUAUCCCAGAGAUAAAGGACUUGGGAGGACCUGGCCUCUUCUCUCCUGCAGUUUACCACAUUCUCCUUUCAUACCUAAGUGCAAAUACCACCUGUCGGUUCGGUUUCUUAAAGAUUCUCCUGACAGAAAUGAACAUACACCAGAGUCUGAGACAGAAGAAUCACUUUCCCAAAAAACUGAAAAGGUUGUUGUGAAGCCAACCUGGAAGCAGAAAAUUAUAAGUGAACUGAAACACUACUACAACGGAUUCCGAUUACUUUGGAUUGACACAAAGGUGGCAGUGAGGAUCCUGUCACGGUUAUUUGCUGGACAUCGGCUUACCCGGAGAGAGAGGCGAAGGCUUAUACGAACAUGUGUUGACCUCUUCCGCCUACUUCCAUUCAUGAUCUUUCUGAUUGUGCCAUUUAUGGAAUUUCUGCUGCCAGUUGUUCUGAAAUUGUUUCCAGGGAUGCUGCCAUCUACAUUUGAGACAAAAAUGUCAAAGGAAGAAAAUCAGAGAAAUACCUUGGCAGCAAAACUUGAGGUUGCAAAAUUUCUCCAAGAAACUAUUGCAGAAAUGGCGAAAAGAAAUAAAGCAAAGGGUGGAGAGGCUACCAAACAGUUUUCUUCCUAUGUACAGAAGGUCCGUCGCUCAGGAGAAAGUCCAAGCACGCAGGACAUAGUGCGUUUCUCCAAGCACUUCGAAGAUGAGUUGACACUGGAGCACCUGACCCGUCCUCAGCUGGUGGCCCUGUGCAGGCUUUUGGAACUCCAACCUUUCGGCACAAACAACCUGCUUCGCUUCCAGCUUCAAAUGGAACUGAGGUCCAUAAAAGCAGAUGAUGAAAUGAUCGCUGAAGAAGGAUGUGAAUUUUUGACUGUGUCAGAACUGCAGGCAGCAUGCAGAGCAAGGGGAAUGAGAUCAUUAGGAUUGACAGAGAAACAGCUCCAAGAUCAGCUCAAACAGUGGCUUCAGUUGCAUCUGAAAGAAAACGUACCUCCAUCAUUGCUACUGUUGUCUCGCGCUAUGUACCUGACUGAUAUCAAACCAAAAACUGUUGUGCAGAAAGUGCCAAAAAUUGAGCUGGGCAUUACUGGUACCCUGAAGAAAGAACCAGAGGAACAACCCAAGGAAAAAUCUACCACUGAACCAUCAACCCCGCCAUCAUCAGAUUCAUUGUCUGACUUGACACCAACAGUGAAAAACGUGAAGUCUACAGAUGGAGAAGAGGCCCGAAAAACUAAGGCCUCUGCAAAUGGUUCAGGAUGAACAAAGUCAGAAAAACUGGAGAAAGGGACCUCCUCAUGUCAGAGUACUUGUCAUGUCAGUUGAUCCAUAUUAGGACAACUCCACCAAAUGGACACUUUUGAGGACUUUUGAUACCACUGUCGCUGUUGAUGCUUCUAUAAUGUACUGAGGGUGCAAACACUUUGCAGAUGGCCUGGUAAUAAGCACACAAAUGCUGCAACCAAAGAGCACACAUUUGAACAAGGAAAGGUAAUGUGAUUAAGACAAGAUUCUGUAUGUAGACCGCAGGUUUGUCUUAUUUGCUGCAGGACAGUGAUACCGGGGUGUAACUAGGGAAAACUUUUUCUUCAAUGCACAGUC